CCCCGCGCGUCGCUCCAUCGAACCCUCCCCCGGCACAGACCCCAAGAAGAAGGUUUCUCGCCCUUGCCAUUUCGUGAAACGAGAACCGCCGACCCCCAAAACGCCCCGCACCCCCAGAACCCCCUCCAAGUUGCGAUCCCCCGUCCCCGACAAGACGAAAAAGAGCCCGCGACCCAGCCUGCCCUCGGGGCGGAAACAGCAGUCCGCCACCAAACAACCGCCCGCCAUGGAUACCAGGUCGCCCCUACGAUCCGUAUCCAACGUGUCCAGUCAAUCGGUCCCGCACGACACCGUCCAAGUAAGGCCAAACAAAGGAAAAGGAAAAGAGGGCACCCCGGAAUGGCGACGGAGAUUGGUCCAGGGUGACCUGCAGGCCGGCGAACAGCGCGACUUGUUCGCGCCAAUUGGACUGGAGAGUGUUUUCAAGCCGCCCACCCCGCGCACCGAGAAGGCUGAGCACGAGACGAUCCCGAACAUGAGGCAGCCGGACAAUCUAUGGGAUUUCAGCGACCCGCCCGAGAGAAGCUACGAUCGACAAGGAGGGCAGCCAUUGUCGGACGUUCACAAUGGGAAUGGUACAAACAAUGAUGGAUCCUUUGUCGAACAAACGAACCCACAACCAAGGAGACCGGAAUCGCGCGACAGAGCAAACUCGCAAGGGAGCCCGCAGUCGUCGCGCAAUGGCACGUUGGAGAUUAAAAAGGGCGCGACCCUGCUCAAUGUCGACCAAAACAACACCUCGCAGGAUGAUACACAGAUGAGGACGGCGAGCGGACUGGAGGAUCUUCGCAACGAGGGAAUUACGCCGAUUACGUUUUCGCGCACCAACACGGUCGAUGGAAACGGAACGUCGGAGGUCAUCAAGUCCGCAUUGAAGCAAGUCACCAACAAGCUCGAGAGACUAUCGAUGGCGCCGGGAGAGCGUCCAGACUCCAGGGCGAGCGAUAGUGUACUGUUCAACCCGAAGGUGAUAAAUGUCAUGGAAUCGCUCCCAGACGAUGACCUGCUCGAUGUGACCAGUAACUCCCUUCCUCAAGAUCUCUCCAUGGGCACUCUAGACUAUCGAGGCCGCGGGGCCUUCGCGAAUUUGGGACGCGAUCAGUACCUGAGUGACGCUUCCUUCCACAAACGUCGAUUCUCCCCGCCGUCCUUUCCUUCGCAGCGCCUAUCGCCAUUCAUCCCGCCGAAUUCUAGGAUCCGAAGCUCCCCGCCCUUCUUUCAGAAAACCCACCCCGUCGCUGAUCCUCCCACUCUUCCGCGACCCUCGUCCGCCCAUGUGAAACAUUCUACGUUUGAUCAAUUCGAGACCGACAGGAGUGAAGUCAUGCCGUCUUCCGGGAGUCCCUUGAAGCUGUUUGGAACCCAUGACACGUUUACGAACAACAGGCUUCUGCGGCGCAUGAGCCAGUUCGAGGAAACAUUUGGUGAACUAUCCGAAGAGGACGAACCUGUUUCGCCGUCCGAAGAAGCUCGUCGCAAGGGAGAAAACAGAAGCUUUUUGAACGUGAAACCGGACACAUUGGGCGACCUCUCUGCUCGAAGGAGCGAGCGGCCCAGAUCGCGAAACGCGGCGAAUCUUCGCGUCAGUCGGUUUGGAGAUGGCGAAUUAGAUAAUUUUGACUUCUCCGAUACCAGCCCUUACGAACCCAAACUACUCAACCAUGACGUCCCCGAUCCCGAUUCCCACGUUUCUUCCCGUCGGCGGAGAUAUCUUCGUCGCAACUCAGGCAAGACCCAAGGCUACGACUCUGGAACCAACAUGUCUAACGCUGCUGAGAAUGUGAAACCAGUGACCGGAUCAACCACACCCCCAGAUAUGGAUGAUCUGCAAAAGCAACGGGUUUUCUCGAACGGCACCGAGGAAGCAUCUGGCAUCGAAUGGGCACCUAAUACCCCCGCAAAGGACCCGACACCCAAGAGGCGCAGGACAUUUCUGAGAUCCCAUAGUUCGAGGACUCAGGACGAUCUCGGGGCGGAAGAUAGACAGAACCAGCAAACGGAUACCCUUUCGCUCCUGCAGCGGAGCCUGAUGCAACAUGGGGUGAGGGACGAGGACAGUGGCUCCUUGCUCCGGCCCCGGUCCUCACAACGACCGAGGACACCGACCCCCAGCCAGAGAUCUUCCACAAGAAAGAGAUCUUUCCCGAACAGGGAUCUACCCCCUGGUGGACUCGAUGGCUUUGAACAAGAAGGAUCUCCCGCGGAUGGGGCCGUCCCCGUGGUCAAGGUGACCGGCGUCAAGGAGGAGGCUCGGAAAGGGUCGAUCACAACUCAGGACUUUCUCAAUGAGGCCACGAAGAUAAUGGACAUUAUCAGGUCUAAGGGCAGAACUGCGCCAGGAGGGCUGUCCAGUGUGGAGGAGUCCGAGAACGAGGACAAGGAUGAAAAUGAAAGUUACGAGGAUGAAUCGACUCGGGAAGAAUUCUCUCGUCCUCCGAGCCGGGAAGGCGUGGAUAUCCGAAAACUGAGGGAACCCCAGGAACCGAAUCCCCGGAUUUUGAGCCAUCUGAAAAAGUUCCAAGAGAAGGAUGAUCUGGACUUUGAUGUCAACGCCUCAGUCAUGUCGUUGCAUCUUGAUGACGGCCAAGAUUCAAGCUCUCCCGAGCACGGCGAUCACACCGACGAGAAUCUCGGCAAUCCGCCGACCCAGGGAACCGACCAACACGAACACGAACGUAAACUUUCGGAGCCGACGUCGGUUGGAGAGGACGACAGUCUCCCCGAAUUGAUGACCCUCAACACGCAAGUGUCCGCCAAGAGUCUCAGCGCGCGUUCUGUCCCCACUGGAUCCUCACAAAGCUCUCACGCGAAGGGGGUUUUAUCCUCCGACUUGGUGUCUCACUUGAUCCCCGAGCAGGUGAACGGGUUAACCUACGACCGUUACAAGCAUCUGUGGGUCAAGGAGAAGCCACCGCCAUCACCCGAGAAGCCGAAGGGGGAGGAAAGCGAGGACGACCCAUUCCAAGAUAUCCCUGAUCUCAGCGUUGACGAGCUGCAGGAGAUGAUGAGGAUGCAGUCCUCCUUGUCUCCCGAACGGACCAAAACCCCUAACGCCUUCGAAGGCAGCACUGCCCAAAGUCCACUCAGCGCCAAAGCGGCAUCCCCCAAGGCAGCGCCACGGCCGCAGUCCAAGGAGGGGGAUCCAUCCGUCAACGUCAGCUCCAUUCAGUCAAAAUUAUCCCAGGACACAUCUAGCGUUCCAAAUUCCGGUACUCGAGCCACAUCUUGGAUUUCGGAUCGACCGAAGAGUAGAGAAAUCUCUAGCGAGGUUGAGCACGAGAUUCAACUUCAUGAGGGUCGGUUGUCCAAACCUCCCCGGCGCCAAAAUAAUGGGAACAAUCAAGCACGGGUUGUCACCAUUAGCUUUUCAUCCCCUCUGGUAUCGCAGAUCGCCUACAGCGAUGAUGAGAGUCCUACGAAGAUUCGACGAGAGAUGAUUGCGGAUGCUGCGCACGAAUCUACCAGAGGCGAGAAUGAGAAUGCAAGAGAUAACCAAGAGCACGAUCAGUCCGGCCAGCUCUUCCCCAAACGUUCCAUUUCACGCAUAGAGGAGAGUGAAGAAGCAGCCAACAACCUGAGUUUAGUUCGGAGGGACUUGGGAUAUCCGGCAUCGACUCCAGCCAAACAGUCGGCUGAAAACUCGAUGGUCCGCUUCAGGAACAACGAGCAUGACACAAGCUAUAGCUUCCAUCUUAGUCCUCUUCCCGAUUUCACCAUCGAUCAAAUCGACCAAUCUCUGCAACUGGAAAUGAGCUACGUGGCCCAGCGCACUAACCCCACAUCUUUACGCCAGGUUCAUGGCACAUUCGCUUUAGCGACUGAAGAGUUGGUCAAACAUAUCACGGAAGUCCAACCUUUCGAACCCUACUGGGAGCAUGUUCGUCGCUUGGUCCUUCGCCACAAGGGGCUGAUCACACUUCACAAGCUCUCUGAUUUCUGUCCUCGUUUAGAGGAUCUGGACGUGGCCAGCAACAAGAUUGGGCAACUCAGCGGAAUCCCUCCCACGUUGCGAACAUUGAACAUCCAGCACAAUUGUCUCUCCAAUUUGACCGCGUGGGGACAUCUGGUCAACCUCCAAUAUUUAAAUGUUUCGGGCAAUGACCUGGAGAGUCUAGAUGGGUUUAGCAGCCUGAUCCAUCUCAGAGAACUGAAUGCGAAUGACAACAACAUCCGAAACAUCAAUGGCGUUUUCGAGCUCAAUGGACUUUUGAGUUUGAAACUGAGAAACAAUUGUUUGACGGCGGUGGAUUUUGAAGGAUCAGAACUAACCCGUCUACAAGAAUUGGAUCUCUCUCAUAACCAGCUAGAAUCAGUUCGAGAUAUCGAUACGCUUACCUCCCUUUCGUCACUAGAUCUCAGCUGCAAUCAACUAAGCACGCUCGACUUAUCGGAAAGUCUUCUCGCCUUGCGAUCACUAAAGCUCUCGAACAAUAGGCUGCACACCCUGGAUGCCAGCUUCUUCCCAUCUUUGACUCUUCUCUAUGUCGAUCAAAAUUUCCUUACCACGGUUUCUGAGCUAGGCCAAUGCCAUAGCUUGGAUGUCUUCUCUGCACGGGAGCAAAUGAUAUCGAAUGAUCAAAAUGCCGGCUUCUUUGACGUGGAUCUGGGAUUGGUCAAGGAUAUUCGCAAAGUAUUCUUAUCCUCAAACAAGCUCUCUCUCCAAACUCUUUCGCCUUCGGUACCUCUCCUGAGUUUGCAAUUGCUCGAUGCCGCAUCUUGUAAUAUUCAGGGUCUUCCCAUGGAUUUCGCAUUGAACUUCCCCAAUGUCAAGGUCCUAAACCUCAACUUCAACUCCUUGUCAAGCAUCAAUGAGUUGGUUGGUGUCAACUGUCUUUCUCGCUUAACGCUUGCUGGCAAUUGCCUGACGAGGCUGAGAAGACUCUGCCAGGUCCUGAGCCGGGUCGGCAGAACCAACAAGAGAAAGGUUUCAACUCUUCAGAAGUUGGAUAUCAGAGGAAAUCCCUUGACCCUCCGCUUUUAUCCCCACCCUGUCAGAGGAAAUGGAAGACCGGAAAGCCCGAGAAAAUUGAGAGCGACCGAAACUCACGUCGCCCAGUCGGACAAUGUCGGCUUAGAUCUCCCAUCCGUGCUGGCCGAUUUUGGGCGCCACGGAGAGAUGAUUCAUUCAGCCAUCGGCGAAGACGACGACGAUGUCCCGGAGAAAGACAUCGAAAUAGAUGAUCCAUAUACCCUUCCACUAGCCGAUUUCCAAGCGGAUCAGAAAUACCUAGCCCAUCUGGAUGAACCGACUCGACUUCGCCGAAGGGUUUUCGAGCUUAUGCUCUUUGUGGGAACAGGAGGCUCUGUCAAGCUCCUGGACGGCUUGGAACUGCGCCCAGCUCUGGAAGAAGGGUCCGACAUGGAUGUUGCCUGGACUAAACUGGAGAAACUGGGCGUGUUGAAAAAGAAGGCGAUCACUGCAUAGAAGUGCGUUUUUUCUUUCUAGAUGUGGGUUGAUUUCAGAUGGUUGGGUGGCGAUACCUAUUAUGGAUUCAAGGAUGAAAUUUGGCGGUUUGCACAGGCGUUGCUAAGGGGCAGUACAUGUUGUCCUCAUCUGACAUGUGUGGAUUAAAAUGCAGGCGUUGGUUAUUUCAUGUUGUGAUGGUUUGAUUGAUUGAUUGAUUGGAUGCAUACCCGGGCGUUUUUCUUUUCUGGGCAUUCAUGGCACGUUGAGCGAGGCCACAUUUGGAUUACACAUGAGCGACUUGUUUUUCUGUUCUUUUCGGUAUACCUUUUUU